AUGGUGAAGGGACGUAACAACAAAGGCGGCAAAAAGGCUGGCAACAAUGCGCUUGAAGAGGAAGGGUUGGACGCACCUGACCUACCCGUGAAGGACUCCACUGGUGCGGGAAAGUCGCCAACAAGGUCCACGGCGGACACGGUGGUCGGGCCUUUUGAAGCCCUACUUGACCUGCAGAAUGACAACGGGUCUGCUGAGGAAGCGGGAGGAAAGAACGCUGAGGAGGAAGGAGCUGAGGCGGUGAAGUCUACGCAGCCUGCUAUGGAAGGGUCGUCCAAGGAGGAUGUGGAAAAAGAGGACAACGACUCAGAGAAUGAGGAAGAUGCAUCGGAGCCAGCACAUGAUGAGGAGGAUGAUGGCUACCUGUCUGAUGACUCCGAUGAGCACCUGGAACCUGAUUCGCUCAGCAGUGUUAUUGCUUUAAAACGUUUCUCGCUAACGCUGCUGGUACCGAUUCUCAGGAAAGCUGAAGUCACACGUGCUGCGGUAACAGUAGCGGCACUGCUGGAUGAAUGGAAGGAGAAUCUGACAUCAGAAGUACUGCAGACAACAACAUACCAGGAGCUGACGGCGACUUACUUUUCGGGAACUCGAUAUGGUCGGCUCCAGGUCACCUUCAACAAUGUGCGUGACGCGAACUUCGUAUGGAGCCAAGCCAUCCGUCAUGAAUGUGCCAAUGGCGACUUCAUCGACCUCACCUGGAUGUAUCCGGAAGAUGCGCGCUUCCUGCGAGAACGGAUCCUGAACCCCACGGCGAAGGAGAUUGUGAUCAAAGGCGUACCGGCGGACAUCACGGCGGAGCUGAUUAGCCUAAAGGCGCACGCCAGGGAGGAGCGGAAAAGAAUUGGGAGAACGAUUACACACCUGGAGGACAGGGUGGCUGCGCUACGACAGGAAUUUAUGGCUGACACCCGGCUUGUGGAUAAGUACGAAGAGCUGGUGAAGUUCAAGGCACAACUGAAAGCAUACAGAGACAGCCAGAGGAAACGGAAGCAGACGAUGGCGGGAGUGGGUGAAGAGUUAGAAGGAGAAAUCGCGACAAAGGUCCUGAUAGGGAGGAUCAAGUCGAGAAGAACAAAAACUGUGAUCAAGGAGGUCGUGUACGAAGGGCGAACCUUUGAGGGAGAAAGAGAGGUGCUGACGACGGCAUCAGACUUCUUCUCCAAACUAUUUCGGGAAAAAGGACAGACUGCGGAGGCGGAAGAGUGGGCAAUGGAUCCUAGGAAAGUGCUGAACAAGGAAGGGGCGGAGCGACUGGCAGCUCCGUGGUCGGAAGGGGAGGUUAUGAAGGCGAUCAAGGAACUCCCAAGAGGCAAAGCGCCAGGAGCGGAUGGGUUGCCGAAGGAAUUUCUGGAAGAUAAUUGGGACCUGCUGGGGGAGGUCGUGAUGGACUUCAUGCGGGAGUUUGAGGCAACCGCAACGAUGCCGGAAAGUUUCUCGACCGCGGUGACGAUCCUGCUUCACAAAAAAGGAGAGAAAACGGAUCUGGGAAACUAUCGUCCUAUCACACUCCUGGGCGCGGUAUACAAAGUCUUUGCGAAGCUGCUGGCGAACAGGAUGAAAAAGGAGUUACCACAAGUCAUCUCUGAAAAUCAGUUUGGCUUCGUUCCGGGCAGGAGACUGGCGGACGCAGUAAAGGUCAUAGCAGACACAGUGGACACGGCAAUACUGGGGAGGGAAGACUGGUACCUGCUACUCGUCGACUUUCAAAAAGCAUACGAUUCAGUGUCACGUACCUUCCUUUUCCGCACACUGGAGCGCAUGGGCUUCCCGAAAGCCUUCGUGGAAUGGACCAAAGGCCUUCAUGAUCACGCGUCAACACAGCUUCUGGUCAACGGGUGGCUGGGAGAAAAGGUAGCGGUGGAGUCGGGAGUACGUCAAGGUUGCCCACUCGCGCCUUAUCUGUUCAUCUGUGCAGCAGAACCGCUGAGUCAGGAAGCGAAAAGGAGAAAACUCGGCUUGCGGAAAAGAGGGAAAGGGGAACUGGCUUACCUGGGGUACGCCAACGACACGACGCUCAUUCUUCAGGGGAAAGAGCAGCUUGGGAAGGCGAGUAAACUGCUGGAGGAUUUUAGUGUAAGGUCGGGGCUGAAGGUCAACCAAGGAAAAUCGACUGUGAUGCCGUUAGGGAAGAACAGGAUGCUCCCGCCUCACACUGACUCGAGCUUCUGCUGGGCGGAGAGGGGGAAACCGGAAAGGCUCUUAGGCAUUUGGAUCACAUCGGAUGGCAACGCGGAACCAAUAUGGGAUAAAGCACUGGUCCGGGUCAACACAAUACUCCGAAACUGGGAGAAGCUUCACUUAUCCACGACGGCGAGGGUGACAGUCUUGAACGCAUAUGUGAUGCCGGUGGUUCUCUUCCAAGCGCAGAUAUAUCAGCCGCCAAAGCAGAUUUGGAAGAAGAUCUCGAAGCUGUGCCACAACUUUAUCUCGAAAGGCUGUGCGGAUGAAGAAAGACACUUCAUCCUCUGGAGUGAGUUCCUGGCGCACCUGGAGAGAAAGGAGGGAGGACUUGGGGUGAUCAGUCCAACGGACAGAGUCAACGGACAAGCGUUAUGGAACCUGGGUGCAGCCCUGUUGGAGGAGAACCCAAUGAAACAGUGGCUGAUGGAGAGGGCGGCGAAUAUGCCGCUGGGCUGGGCAACUCUGCUGGCACACAAAGCCAUCCUGACAGAGUGGAAAUGCGGCAGUGAACGCUGGAGGUCUCUGGUGCCGCUGAUAUGGGAGAAAAAACUGCCGAAGCUGGCGGAACCUGCGAACAGAUGGGAGAUGGAACAAGAACAGUUAUGGCUCAGCAACUGGAUUAAGUAUAAAGGGGACAGCCCAUUCGGAAGACAAAAGGGCUCAGAGUGCCUGAAAGGCCUGAAAGUGGGAGACUUACUUCAAGAGGAAUACGACGGAGGAUGGAAGGUGAAGGACCUCUGGACCCUGACCAAACAGACGGGUCGAUCGUCCACUGCGAGGUGGGCACUCGCAGCGUGGAAGGCAGUACCGGAAACCUGGAAGCAGAAACUACUAUCGAAGGUGUCGGCGGCGGAAAUUACCAAGACUACCACACUGGUUAAGGUAGGGAGAGCGGAGACAGGGCAUCAGAGCUACCUCCAAGUGGCGCUGACUGAGAAAGAGGAGCUGAGUUGCGAGAGGGUGGGAGUGAGUGAUAAAGGAAGAAUAAUACAUCUGGGUGCAGCAGCUCAGCCGCCGACGAGACUCAGCAUGCUGACCCCGAUGGUGACCAGCGGGGGCUAUGUACUGGGGCAGGCGGGGGUCCCGCUAACACGACUACGGGCCUCUUUUCUAUGUACUGAAGACAAGCCGACGGCGCAAAGGAAGCUGAGACACCUGCUCAAGAAGCCGUCACAACAACCUAAGCAGCAGAAGAAGUGGGAAGAGAGCUGGGGAGGGCCUAUCAACUGGAAGAAAGCUAUUGCAAAGAGGGACUCACUCGCAACCCCAGCCAAGGCAAGGGAGGUACUGCUGAGGCUGCACAGCCACAACCUGCAAGUGGACAGCAGGCUGGCCUUCUUUGGCUCGCGUGCAUGCUGCCCGCACUGCAGUCAAGAGGAAUCGGCCACACACUGCCUGCUGAGCUGCCCGGUCGUGAAGGGGAUUAGUGGUGCACUGCAAGACUCACUCCGUCUGAUAAACCCUUCAAGGGCGGUGGGAACACUGGAGGAGCUGCUUUUUGCAGAGGACAGCACGGCCUCUGGUUUUCUGGAGUCCACACUUAUCGCGAUAACUUUUAGACACAUCUGGCUAGAAAGGUGUGAUGCGGUCUUCAGGAAGGAAAGUUUUGAACCCAAGCGAGUAGCCCGGAAGAUAGGGGCGAACUUCAGAAGACAUGUGCGGAUCUACAGUGAAGGAGCUGGGGGCAAAGGAGGGCAGAAGAGAAGUGGGGGUGGAGGUGGAUGGACAAGACUGACAACUGGCGAGGCAUCGGCCUUGAGUCGCGACUUAGACCCGGUCUACAUAGUCCGCCUUAAAGACCCACCCGUCGCCGCAUAUUCCGGCGGAAUCGGCGGGUACCCGACCACCGCGCCCGCCACCACCGCCGCGAACGCGCUCGGAAACCUAGCGAAAUCGGCGAAGAACGCCGCAAAGCAGUUUUGGAAAAGACGGGCGAAGCUGAACGUGCGCGCGCCGAGCGUGAAGGCGUUUGUGAAGUUUCUGAAGAACCAGCAGAAGAAGAUCGCGCAGGACGCGGGCGUCGCCGCUAACAAGCUCAUCCACAGCUACACGCACGUGGAGAACGGGUUCGCGGCGGUGCUCUCGCCGAAGCAGGUCCGCGGUCUACAGAACCACCCGGACGUGGCGGCCGUCACGCAGAGCGUGCGCCUGGCGCCCUCCACCACGCACUCCCCGCAGUUCCUGCGCCUUCCGCAGACUCUCUGGAAGUCCGCGGGCGGGGAGGCAUCUGCGGGGGAGGACGUGGUGAUCGGCGUGGUCGACACGGGGAUCUGGCCCGAGCACGCGUCGUUCGCCAACACGGCCGCAAACCCGUACGGCGACCCUCCGAAGACGUUCACGGGGGAGUGCGAGCCGACGCCCGACUUCCCCCGGACGAAGUGCAAUGGCAAGCUGGUGGGCGCGCGCUAUUUCAAUGCCGCCUUCUACAAGCAAACCAAGGGAAAGAUUGACACCACCGAGGAUUACUCGUCUGCCCGCGAUUCGAACGGCCAUGGCACGUGGUGCGCUAGUGCGGCGGCGGGCAACAAGGGAGUGCUCCUAGACGGCGACUUCACGAUAAGCGGCAUGGCGCCGCGUGCGCGUCUGGCAGCAUACAAGGUCUUUUGGCGGAACAGCGACGGCGACUCGUGGGCCAACUCCGCAGACGUCAAUGCAGCCAUUGAUUCCGCUGUGAUGGACGGUGUGGAUGUGAUCAGCCUGUCGCUCGGAGGCGUGAACCCCACUGGAACUUACUUUGAUGACAUGGCAUCCCUCAACGCACUCGCCGCGGGCGUGGUGGUGGCAUUUGCAGCGGGCAAUGCGGGCAGUGUGCAUCCGGCUAAGGGAGAGUACCGCCUGAUUGACAACUUCGCACCGUGGUACCUCAACGUGGGAGCCAGGUAA